CGCUCAAAUACUGCGCAUCGGUCCAUAUAUGCCGAAGAAAUGGAUGUUUUCUCUUGCAUACCUAUGUGCUGCGCUGCAUCGUGCGCCCGUUGCUUCUUUAAAAGCUUUGCGUGCCCCAUGAGCCCGGCAACCAAAGGUUGUGUUUCAACUCGUCUCCGUCCUUCUGGUACUCGGCAAUACCUGUGAGGAUGUCGAAGUCGUUCGUUCUUUCGCUGAUCUUUGCUGCUCUCGCAGCAGCGCAGAGCUCUGUCCCCUCGUUCACCGCUUCCGUAGCACCUGCUGCCGAGACCGUCACUACCGUAUCGACUCCCGCAAAUGUGCCUCUUUUCGACAUCGAGACCGUUCAGUUGACCGACAAUGUUGUUGCUGAGCUCCAAAGCAACCCUGAGGUCGCCGAGUAUGCAUCGCUUUUCGAGUUUGGUGAUGCGAACUCCACGGCAGCCGUGCGCAGUCGCCAUGCCCGUAGUGCUCAGCGCUGCAAGACGAUGCCUGGUGACGCGCUUUAUCCCAGCAAGCUUGUUUGGGCCCUGACAGAUCUGCUGCUUGGAGGUGCUCUCGAACCUAUUGUGCCCAUCGGCUCGUCCUGCUACCCCAACUCGACGUACAACAACUACGAUGCGGAAAGCUACGAAGACAAUGGUGCCUUGAUGAACCCACUGUACUACGGCAUGACAUGCCCCAUCCCGGCGUCUGAAAAUGCUGCCAAUGGUGCUUGUACCCAGGGUGGAUACUCGGAGUACGCGGUCAAGAUCAAGAACGUUGCGCAGAUCCAAUUGGCCGUUAACUUCGCUCGUUCAUUGAACCUGCGUCUUGUGAUUCGCAACACUGGCCAUGAUUACAAUGGUCGAUCGGUUGGCAAGGGCGCUUUGAGCAUCUGGACCCAUGGGUUAAAGGAGAUCCAGUACGUUGAGAACUACAACAGCGCUGCGUACUCCGGUCCUGUUUUCAAGGUGGGCGCUGGUGUACAGGGCUUUGAACUGUUACAAGCUGCUGAGAAGUAUGGAGUCUCUGCUGUUGCUGGUAUCUGUCCGACCGUAGGUAUAUUCGGUGGCUACUCGACAGGAGGCGGUCACAGUCCGCUGAUGCAGCUGUUCGGAGCUGGUUCUGAUCAGAUCGUCGCUCUCGAAGUCGUGCUCGCGAAUGGUCGUUUCGUCACUGCUACUCAAUCAGUGAACAGCGACCUCUACUGGGCCAUGCUUGGUGGCGGUGGUGGUACCUUCGGCAUCAUCACCUCUGCCGUUGUCAAAGUCCACCCUAAAGUACCUGUCACUACUUCCUCCUGGACUGUUAUGACCUCCGAAACAGUCUCUGCCGAAGCCUUCUGGGAGCUUGUCACAUUUUUCUGGGAGAGCUUCCCAACGUACAACGACGCCAAAACCUACUCAUGGGGUACAAUCAUGAAGCUUGCUCCCGGCACCUACCUGUGGAACAUGACCCCGUUCUUCGCGACGAACAAGACGAUCGAAGAGUUCGAGACUUUGGUCGAACCCCUUUUCAAGAAGGCUGCUGAGCUCAAUAUCACAAUCGCAGCCAACACAACACACUACGACACCCUGUACCCGGCGUACCAAGCCACGUUCGCCACUUAUAACUACUACAUUGGAGGAGCCGGUGCGAUUCCAGGCAGCCGCUUCAUACCAACGGAGAACUGGGCAAACGAGACAGUCCUUAACCAGACAUUUGCUGCCGUCCAGAAUGCUGUGGAGAAAGCAAUGAUGCUGAACCUCUACCAUCAGCACACUGCUGACGAGUUCGACAAGGGCAUCAACUCGCUCAACCCAGCUUUCCGUAACCUGCAGGCUCAGCUUGUUGCCAUUCAAAGUGUCACCGACAUGACUGCUGCUGGCUGGAAGGCCGGCGAUGAUGCCUUGAACAUCGAGACCAUGGCUCCGCUCCGUGAGGUCACACCAACUGGUGGUGCGUACGGCAAUGAAGCGAAUAUCGGCGAGCCUAACUGGCAGCAAGCUUUCUGGGGCAAGAACUACCCCAGGCUUGUGGGGCUGAAAAAGAAGUACGACCCAACGGAGCUGUUCUACGUUCACCACGGCGUGGGCAGCGAGGGAUGGGUCGUUCAGGACAAUGGUAUCGUAGGCGUGCAGUCGACCGAUGGGCCAUUAUGCCGUGUGUGAUGCGUCAGAGGUUGUUCUGUUCUUGUACAUAGUCAACGCAAUCGGUGUAAUGCGAUGGUAAAUUAACAUCCUCAAGCCGGUCUUGAGGGUCGACACGUAUGCCUUCCCUGCGCAUCUAAUGCAUCCACAAUGCGUUCAUAGAAACUGCGACUUGUAACUCACAGCGGGGAAAGAGAAAUCAGCCUCGAGAGACAGAUGUGACGCGUGAAACGAUGCGCUGACGACAGACUCAGGAUUGCGGCGACGUUCUCGAGAACCUAACUGAUAGAGUGCUUAAUUGGUGGGACAUCGGCGAGUGCGAAACCCGUGAUCAAUUCUGCCGUUUUUCUGGAACUCGGCAGUCCAAAAGGCUUGUUGCUGUUGUUUAGAAUUGUUUAGAGUGAGCGGGCGACUCCGCAGGUCUCCGUGUGUUUUUG